AUGCCGAAGAGAAAAAUUGCUCCUAACAAGGAAAGCAGCAGGCGUACGGUCUCCCACGAUGAUUUAACCCCACAAAUACAAGAAUUUCAAAACCUAAUGGAUCUCGAAUCGCAAAAAGUGGAAAACAUCAGACAGUCGUAUUCGAGGCAAAACUCCCUGCUGGCCAAGGAUAACUCCAUAUUAAAAAUUAAAGUUAAUAGCUUGGAAAAAAAAAUAAGCCAGCUGGUACAAGAAAACGUGACUCUACGAUCUAAAACCUCUAUAAGCGAAGCUAUCUACAGGGAACGGUUAAGUAAUCAACUACAAGUCAUUGAAAACGGUAUUAUUCAAAGAUUUGACGAAAUUUUUUAUAUGUUUGAGAACGUACGUAAAAACGAAAAUUUGCCCAGUUCGAGCUUAAGAACAAUGUUGAAGAGAACGAGUUCCAGGUCAAGAUCAUGCUCAUUGUCAUCACCCACAUACUCAAAAAGUUACACUAGGUUAUCAAAUCACGAGAAUAACCUGUCGCAUGAAUCAAGUUUUAACAAGGACGAUGGUCCAGAUCUUGAGCCUAAGGCUAAAAAAAGGAAGAGUUCUAGGCGGCAAUCUAUGUUUGUAUCCACGAGUUUAGAACCUGAAGACGAAACCGGUGAAAACGAACCCAUGAUGGAAAAUUCCUCUGUAGAGGUACCGGCAGAAUCACACGAGUCUGCGCAAGUGGAGGAAACAAUAGAUGCCUUAAACCCUGAAGAGGAAAAUAGCGAUUCUGUCAGUAAUUUUACCAAUUCAAUUAUAGAAUACUCCAUACCAGAGGAGAAUCCGACAGAACCCGAGCAUUCAUCUUCUAAACUAGAAAUAUUCAAUGACAGUACAAAUAUGCUAAGUACAGUGCCGUCAAAUCCUUUGCCGUUGCCUUUACCAGGCCCAUCCGCAACUUUACCUACUACCACUAGCGAUGCUUCAACGGUCUAUCCUUCAUCAAGUUCUUCUACUAAUUCUCAUCCAAAGACCAAAAUUAAGCAUUCCAUGAAGCCGCCUAGGAUAGAACUGAAGAAAAAGGUUAUUGACGAAGUCAUGCCCGUAAGUAACAUGAGCAGCAACAGCGAAAUAUCAUUUACGAGAACUAGAAGAACUCGUGGUAAAGCUGUAGAUUACACUUUGCCUUCUUUAAGAGCCAAAAUGAGGAGGCCUUCAGAAAAACUUGUGGAUGCUACUACUGUGAUUGAUAUACAUGAUCUACAGGUUUCCAAGAGAAAUCGGGAAACUUCACAUAAAAGGAAAAGUUUAUCCCAAGAUUCAAUACCCGACGAACCGCAAUUGAGAGAAGUCGUCGUCUCAAAGGAUUAUGGAACUCCAAAAGGGAAAAAAACGGAAGAUGAAAUACACGAGGAUACCGCUCAUCUAAUGACCACUUCCAACAACAACAGCAACAACAAAAACGAAAAAAAACUAACUAGCAACAAUAGCCCUAAAAAAUCGUCGCCUUUACUUGACAUUACAAAUAAAUCGGAGAAUAAGAAAAAGUCAACAAGAACUAAAAAAUUGUUCAAAAAUGCAAUUGUCAAUAAUUUAUCUGAUGAAAAUUCUACUACGCGACCCUCCAAGUCGUCAAAGGGAACCAGUAAUAAUAACAACAAUUACAACAAUUUCGACAAUAACAAUUCAAACAUUAAUAAUGUUAAUAAUAAAUCUGUUAGCUUUAGACUAAAUGAAGAUGAUUUAGCAGUAUUUGAUUUAUUUGGAAAUGGUAAGGCAGUGAAACAUCAACCAAAAACAUAUCGCACCAAAAAAUGA